GUGUCCUGAACGAAACAUACACUCAAGAAAUGUUGUCCCCGAAAUUCUAUUAUAACAUCACAACAUAUAUGAACAAUGAAUGGAUGAAGUCAMACGACGGCAAAACUGUUCAAGACUCUGUCAAGGAAUAUUUGAUAGAAUACUUGGGCAAGCCAGUCACCGAGUUGUUAAGAUACAUCCAAGAAGAUCAUUUACCUCACUGCGUCAACAGUUCAGUGUCGAGCGGUCUUGCUAGUCUACCUCUGAAGUUCGUGUACACUAACGGAGUGAAGAAUACAUCAUGGCCAACAGACCCCACUCUACCAGGGACAGAUCAAAUACUUGAUGGCAAGAAGUCCUAUGCGCAAAUACUACCGUAUUUUACUACCAACGAAGCCACCCCGACUGAGGUACAUCAGCUGGGAUAUGACAUGCUAGCUAUUCUAUAUCCUCAGGCAGUUCAGGUUGCAAAAGAAGUAACAAAUAUCACCGACAAUGCCACUGCCAUAAAAACAUUUCGCCAAAAACUCCAUUCUCAAGACAUGUAUUUCAAUAAAGAUCCUAUUCCAGCUAACGAAAUGGGUGAAGAGGCAUUUAAAAGAUGCAGCAAUAUAAUAGAUGCCGAGAAGAACUGCCCAAAACGAUGGGAAGCCCUACAGAAAUGGUUUAAGGAAGCUAGAAUGGCCAUGAGUAUGCUGGCUCCAAAAAUUGUCAACAUGUUCUAUUACACCGGCAGCAAAGAUACCGCACCCAAUUGCCCAGUAGAAUUGAGACCAGAUCUUAAUCCUACYAGCGGUAUUCAAAGUUAUGACGGAAGUACUARAGACUGUAAGCUUCCUGCCUACUACAACAUCCCAUUCUUCCUCAAAGACUUGGGUCCAAAAUUCUCAGAAUGGAGCAUAAACGCUCACGAAACGCGACCAGGUCAUCAUAUACAGAUUCAAGGAAAUACGGAGAACUUUCAGGACGACUGUGGUGGUUCUCUGGCCUGGCUUAAUGGUAAAGUAUAUUACACAGCGUUUCUUGAGGGAUGGGCGUUAUAUGCCGAGAACCCUUUGAUCGCUGAGGAUACGGACACCUAUGAAAAUGAUCCGAUGCAGAGAUAUGGCAUGUUGAAGUGGCAGAUCUGGCGAGCCAUUCGUUUAAUCGUCGACACUGGUCUGCACUACACUGGCAUGACUCGGGCCCAGGCCUUCAAGCUAUUUGAUGAGAAAGCUUGGGACAAUACCGACUUCACAGAAAAAGAAAUCACUCGUUACCAAAGUGUCUAUGGUCAAGCCACGGCCUAUAUGAUAGGACAGAUAGACAUCAAGAGGAAUAGAAAGUAUGCCACGAAUAAUCUAAAGGAAAAAUUUGAUAUAAAAGAGUUCCAUUAUCAGGUGCUGUCCCAGGGUUCUUCGCCGCUUGCCUAUUUGUCUGAUCACACGAAACGUUACGUGGCAUGCAAAAAGGAUCCMAGCAAGACAGGAUGUGACGACAUACUGAACCCACCCAAGAUGGGAGACAAAUCAGCAGCAUUAAACGAUGGUAUUCAAGAACACAUAACGCACUACGCUUAGUCGCACAAGUAUUUGUAUCGGUGAAAGUGAUCAGUAGUAUUUGUGCGUUUAGAGAGUGAUAGUGUUUGUUCCAUAUCAAUUAAUCAGUAUAUAUAGGUACCAUGAGGAUCUCGAUUGGGGUAACCAUCAACUAUCAUAUGAGCAAAAUUUUGGCAAUCAACCGUAAAAUCGCURUGACGUGUUUUUUACAGUCAACCGUCAAAAAAUUAACCUUCAAGGCAAUCGACAUGACGGAUGAGAUAUUUUUCUCCAAUAUGAGGAGUUUUGGCUGUAAUGCUCAUCCUCCCUUAGCUGUUCGUCGAGUGCUUUAAGCCGUCMAUUGUGUAUAUGUAUGACAUCAGUUAGUAAUUAAUGUCAAGUUAGUGUCGUAUGAUGUCAUACUAGUAUAAUAUUCACUAGCCUGAGUAUCAGGCUCUCUCGAAGGGGAUUGGGCCGCUCCUCCCCAAUCCCCUUCGAGAUUAUUCACUUGUUGGGCACUUUAAAUCCCAAUGGGUUGAAUGAACGAUUUGUUUUCAGAUAAUUUUAAUAUCUUUUGUUCUAAUUUUUAGCGCCUCUCUUGUUCUUUACUCUAACACAUCUCUUACUUUAAUUGUUUAUUUCUCGUUACCAUGCCUACCUAGCUCCUAGUGGUCUACUUUCUUUGCUCCACCCAUUAUAUAAACUCACACUUAGCCUAUAGUUCCAUCUAUUUACUCGGACGAAGAGUGAUGUCCGAAACGUCAGGAAGUUGUUCACCUAUUUUUUAAGGUGUUAAAUUUAUCUUUUUACACAACUGUUUCUUUAGAACCAACGAAGCAGCUCACACUAGUUUACUGCUAGUUACCGCCCUUCAAGACGSCGAAAAGAGAUCUCRAAGAGGGGGUAGUCCAGGUCGUAAAAGUCAUGUCAGUUUAGGGCUUAAAAUAAAAUUGUUGAUUUAGUCAGGUAAAAACAUAUUGUUUUCUGUAGAUUAAAAGCAUUAUGUAUUCAAAGUUGUGAUUUACUGAUGCCAAAGCACCAAAUAAAUGGCUCAUGUUUUGCGCCCAAUAGAAAAAUAGCUGAAA